UGCGAUCUAGCAUGAAAAAUCGUAUCGUGUGCCGAAGGCUUAACAUUAAUAAUAAUAAUUGAGCGAUGUUAUAACUUCGGCGUAAAUGGAGCCAUAAAUAAUGUAAUCAUACAAUUUAAUACGAUUUGUUGAGUGUUAUGAGUUUUUGGCCGUAAUGUAAUAUAAUUGCAUCAUCUAACUGCAUUAGAAAUGUUUUUUUUCGAUUAUUUCCGAAAUUUUUUCGGUAUAAGACGUCGCAAUGAGCCUAGUACAAGCGGGCUUGACACUUACGACUCGCACAGAGAGAGUUUCAGAAAUCCAAUUUGGCAGAGCAAUGAUGACGACGAUGAUGAUGACAUAGAUAACUUUUGGCAUCCCAGAAGCAGUUUGCACUUUAACAUCUUCAGUGAUCCACUCGAAAUAACGCUUUAUUUCGAAUCCCAGAUUGAUAACAUAUUGAAAAAUUUUUUAAAAUUCAACAGUACCUUUCUGGGUAUGUCUCUUUGGGUAUAUCUACUCGAUGAUGACAAAGCUAUUACAGCAUUACCAUUUACCGCACCUGAAAAGGAUGAUAAUUUACGAGACAACGUACUGAAGCCUGAUACGUUUGCCAUAGCGGACAUGCCGUUUGAAAACAAAGUAGAUACGGAUUUAGAUGGAAGAAUAUCUGCGAGAGAAUUUUCAAAAAUGUGGAACAAAAGAGAUGUAGAAGUGGCAAAACCUUCCGUAGCAAGUAGUUUCUCAAUUGGAAGAUCUAUUAGAAAGAAAAUUAUACAUAGGCCUGAUGGAACCAUAGAGAAAAAACAAAUAAUCAGAGAUAGUGAGGGUAAUGAGGAAACAAUCAUUUCAAAGGAAGCAGAUGGUAAAACGUACGUUGUUACUGUAAAAAAGGAUAGAAAUGGUAUUGAAACAAAAACCGAGAAUUUAAUGAAUAUGGAUGAAAGUGAACUGAAAAAUUUUACCCAAAAGUGGGAAUCUUCUCUAAAAAACAACACGAAUGAUGGUCACAUGGAUGAUGGAAACGAUGGUCACGGUUCGAUUCUUAACUAUUUUCCAUGGGAAAAGUUCUUUGGUUCCAAUCCAAAAUUAUAGCAAGAAGCAGUAAAAAAGUCAUAGUCUUUAUUCCUCAUAGAUUAAAACAUAUAAAAUUGUCACUAGAGAUAAGUGAUUCGUUGUUUUUAAAAAUUUAACAUGUUUUUUGAGCAUUUCAAAUAUCUUACUAUGUUUACAGCUCGUAUUUGAGACAAUAUUCUUUUUUGAGCACACGCAUGAAGUAUAAUAUUAAUCUAUUGCCCAAUUGAUCAUCCAUAGAUGCCGACAUCUACUUAUACGAAUAAAUAAUUUACUUUAAAAAAUGUUAUUUUAGGACUAUUUUUAAUUGCUCUUUCGAUUUCCAGUUUUCACGUACAACGUGAAAGAAAAUUAAAUAUGAAAAAUAUGGAAAUUAAAUAUACCACUAAAAAGAAAGAUGUUUUAAAGAUUUUUAGAGAAUAUCAUCAUUAGAAGAUAUCGUCUUGAAUAUCAUUUUUUUAGAUUCUUAUUUUAUUUUUUGUCAAUAGUCUUCAAAUGUUGGAACUAAUCCUAAAUGUGUUUCCUUCUAUUUUUACAGUUCAGCAUUUUGAAAUAAAAUAAGAUUUUGAAGAAUAUUUGAGAUUGCUUUUUUUGUAUCUGAGAUUAUUUUUAAAGUUUAUCUUCUUUUAAGGGGACAUGAAAACUAACCUUAAGAAUCAAAGGAACAAUCAAAAUUAUCCUUAGAAUAACAUUUAAAAAAUUAUCCAUUCGUAUGAGUAAGAGAUGUCCGCGGACUGUCAAUUGGACGGUAAUAAUUUAAUUAUUUAAUUUUGGUGUAUACAGAUAUCAAAAUAAUAUAAUUUAUAUAUAAAGUUUCUACAACGAGACUGCGUUCAUGCAAAUUAUUCUCUCCGUAACUUAAAUCUGUGAAAUAUUAUGCCUUUUUUUAUUAUAUUAAAAACAAACUACUAGGAAAAUAAUAAAACAUGCAUGCAUAUUAUAUAGCACUGGAUUUUAAUUACCUACAAAUAUAUUUAUACAAAUUAAUAUUGUACAGAAAAACAAGAAAAAA